AACCAGGCCUCCAUCAGAGAGUGAAAAACUCCAGUGACUCCCCCGGACAGUGAGAUUGGUUUGUUUCCUCUUCUCUUCACUUGCUCAUCCACCAUACACUCUAGAGAUCCGGAAGGUAUUCCCAUCUCGAGCCAGGCAUCGUUCAUCAAUUGUUACGGCUUGUGCUCCCGACAAGUAGUCCUUGGCAUUGUCAGCAUCCGCUACAAUCAACUGUCAUUGCCCUUACCACUCACUACUCGACGAUUCGGCAAAAGUCCGAAUAUCCUGAUAGAUAGGCAAUCAAUCCGUCUAUACUACUAGUAGUAUCGCUUAUCAAGUUGGCGCAACCGGCAUUUGCUUGUCGUAUCUCCUACGCCGGUGAAUCCGUGCAACAAACUUGUCCCGACUUAACACGCGAUAUUCAAGGUGUAUUCUUUCCAUACCGAGACCACCAAAAUCUACGCUCCAAUGUCUUCCAUGUCCCGAAACAGCUCCUCAUCCAACUCCUCUUCCAGCUCCCUAAUGAGUUUCUCCGUCUCUCAGCCUGCUCUGGGAGCCCCUUUGCAGUUCUUCCCCGAGAUGGGAUCUGCGCAAUUGGAUGAGCUGAUCGAUGCCUACAUCCCUGGGCCAGCUUUGAUACUGGACAAGCGCAGAGACGUAACCGUGGAGUUCUUCAACCAUGCCAUGGCAACUGGUGAAAACUUCAAGUUCUUCCUCGUCUGCCCUGCUGUAACCUCGAGCACUGCAUCUCCAGCUUCCACCAUUCAGGAUUCUGGAUAUGGUUCCACCUCCAAUACGUCUCCCAACAUGACCAAUGAUAACGUAUGGAGACAGUCCUUCGACGGUGAUAGCUGGCCUUUGGCUGCUCCCAAGAAGGCACGGAAAUCCGGGAAGAAGGCAGGCUCUUCAUCUUCUCGGUCACAUGCCAGCGACUUCUCUCACAUUCCUGGCAUGAAGAUCAUGACAAAGGAGGGCCUUGAUGUCACAAACUCAGCAUCUCGGGGUUGCAAAACCAAGGAGCAACGUGAUCAUGCUCAUCUGAUGAGAGUCCUCAAGGCCUGCGACUCUUGCAAGAGAAAGAAGACCCGCUGCGAUCCUAGCCACAAACGAGGUUCCUCCACGGAUAUCUCUUCGGAUUCCAAGGUGUCCAAGAAGGCCAGGAAGUCUAGAGCACCACCUUCCCAAAAGCCACCUAGUAGCAGUGCGGCUAUGAAAUCAGACGCCCUCACAUUCGACUCUUUAACACGUGAAUCGCUAUCUUUUGAUGCUAGCUUCAUGAUCACCUCUGAACUCUCCAUGGACGACUGGGAUCAGUACAUCAAGUACGAUGAGGAGGUCAACGACGCAAUUCCCCAAGAUUACGACUUUUUCUUUGAUCCUGCGACAUACUACUCGCCAAUUACUGAGAACUCCGCAUCGGCAUCAUCAAGCCAAGUUCUCACACCUGCAAGCGGCCUAGAAGUUGGCAGCGGCGUUCAGUUUGUUGGCGCUGACCUACUGGGUGUAGGCGACAGCCAGCAGCCAAUGCUACCAUACCUCGACGGUGGCGUCGAUGUCGGCAACAAUUACGUCGAUUUCGCUCUAUACUCGCCAGGCUCUACAUACCUAGAUGACGAACUUGAGCCAUCCAAGGAUGUUGCCGGUCCACGGGGCCCCGACAUCUACCAUCGCCAGGCCUCAUCUAGUAGUCACAAGCCGGAUGUACGCUCUACACUACUUGGCGGAGUAGCUGCAUCACCUCAUGGCGAAGCGCGCCUUCAAUCUCAAGAUGGCCUACUCCAUGACCAGGCUGACCACAAUGCAUAUGCACUCGGAAACACGGGCAACGCCUUUGUAAAGGAGGGAGUUGUGCAGUCUGAUCAGAACUACAGAGAUCCUGGCCACGAUCGAAAUCAACUCUCGGAGCACUCGAGCAGUGCUGGCUCGACUGCAAGGUCACGUACCAGCUCCCCGGCAGGUACGCCUGAGUCACGAGUUCCUUGUGAGACAAUUUCAUCCAGUGGGUUAUCGCUAGGAGGGCUUCCACCGCGACUCCAGACGGUACCGGUUGCAUCUGGCAACAGCGUCCGACAGACUGUAUUUGUCGACGACAUUGAACGAAGGCACUUGAGACAAUCGUUACCCGCGAUAAAUGCUGGCGGCAACGGACUGGUAACUGCGCCAAUUCUAUCAUCACCAGAAAGGACGCCAACUACAGGUCUUGUGACUACUGCGACUACUGCGUCUACUGCGACUACUGCGACUACUGCUACUGCCACAAGUGUCUAUGCUGCCCACGUACCAAGUAACGACAAACAACAGCAUGUCAGUAGCGUCACUCAACGACCACUGCCCGAGGUUCGUCAUCAACGUCGUCCCGAGGACUCCGCCUUUGGUAGAGCAUCAGAAGGCAUUCUGUUUACUGGUGCACAUGACGCAGCCCAGACAGUCAUGGCCACUACAGACGUAGUUGCCAAUGGUAUUACUCGUGCCAGACUCACUGUUGGCCCGGAUCGCGUUGUACAAAGUAUUGCAGUAUCGCCGGGCAGGACCUUGUCCAGUUCUGGCGACGCCUGUGUUCAGAAUGGCGCCAUGUCACAAGCAGCGACAUUUUCUCAAGCUACGAGUUUGCCAGUUGUUGGAAUCAACGACGGAACUCAGACUGGACUGUCCCUAGUCCAGGGACCACUUGCCGCAACUAUCUUGUUCGGCCUCGAGGCUAUAUCUCUGGCCCGUAGUGGAAAUGUUGGCAUUGCUACAUAUCGUGCUCUAUCUUCGCUGGCUAUACUGUCAAGCUUGGCCGUCGUGGCUAUGGCUAUUGGUCAAGGCGUAUCUUCACCAUCAUCGUUGGAUCGUGGCCAACCCCUAUCCCUUUCCAGCGCACUGUUUGUCGCGCUGUCAUUUGUUGUGGCAUCGGGAAUGUCGCAACAAUACUCCGUCCCUUGUACCAACAAACCGAAGUUCUUCACAAAAGCGCUUGACCUCGCCAGGCGACUGCCUAGCAUGGCCCUUAGCAACGUCAAGCCGAAGACCCAAAGAAUCCAGUGUGAACUUUUGGACUUCAAACACAGAUCACUAGGGCCCGCGUCCAGCAAUAUCGCUCUCUCGCAUUUGGGAAUGGUGUUUUAAGUGAAAGGUGUCUCGGAUACCGAAGCUUGGAUUUGUUUUACCUUUUUGAGGACUAAAGAGGCCUCUUGUUUAAGUAUCAUCCUGCAUAGCGUUGCGUUUUGGAGCAGAUAGCAUAUGGCUGCUUGAGGAAGAGAAGCAUUUGACGGAGGAAUGCAGAGUGGUUGGAAGUCGAUCCAAUUGAUGUAAAAUAUUAGCCUUAUAGAAUUGAAACGACUUUCAGCCGUUCA